AAUAGGCUGAAUCGAUACAAGAAGAGACCCAUACGGACGCCAUGUUGACCAAAGCAAAAUGGCAGAACAAGAGAACAGUUGACAAAGUCUGCUGGCUUUCAUUGACAGAUGCUUUUUCAUGGCACGAUAAACACUAAACAACAACAACAACAACUAUCAAAUCCGGUUCUGUGUUCAUGGUGGAGAACAUUCUUCUGGUUCACUAUGAUCAAGUUCCUUCUGAUGGUCAAUAAGCAGGGCCAGACGCGCCUGUCUAAGUAUUAUGAACCAGUAGACAUUGGGAAGAGAGCAGCUCUUGAAGCUGAUGUGGUCAGGGGAUGUCUCUCCCGGAGGAAGGAAGAGUGUUCAUUUGUGGAGUAUAAAGACUACAAGCUGGUAUAUCGUCAGUAUGCAGCUCUUUUUAUUGUUGUUGGGAUCACUGAAAAUGAGAACGAACUCUCAAUUUAUGAGCUCAUGCACAACUUUGUUGAAGUGUUAGACAAGUACUUCAGUCGUGUGAGUGAACUGGACGUAUCCUUUACAAGAGAAAUGACACAUAAGGCAUUAAACAAACUUGCUGACAGUGUUAUUUAUCAGUUUUAUUUACAACAAAGUUUGUUUGAUAGGAAUAGGAUUGAUAGGAAUUGUGGCAUGAGUUUAUACAUUCAUUAGUGUUUAAUUUCUUAAAGCAAACUCAGAUAAUGUUUCAUUUAGAUAAAGUGCACAUUAUACUUGAUGAAAUGAUCCUGAAUGGACACAUUGUGGAGACAAAUAAGAACCGAAUACUGGCACCGCUUCUCGCCCUGGACAAGAUGG